AUGUCGCUGUCGACCAUUGUGAAGCAGACCUUUCGUGAGCUGGAGGAUCUGCAUGCAAAAGAGGUCCGGGAGAAGCUGAUCAGCCUUCGCAAUUUGCCGACGGUCGUACCUGGCACGACUCUGUGCGUUUUUGGCUGGCCCGCCGAAUGGUUUGCAGAGGAUGUGCUGAAGACUGUCGAGGCAUGGGGCUGUCGGGGCCAGAUUGAUUUCCUCUACAUGCCGCGCGACUUUCGAUUGGGUCGAUCCUUCGGCGAGUGCUUCUUCAACGCAAUCUCAGUUGACGAGGUCCUGAGCCUUUGGGCGAAGAUGGAUGGCAAGUGGCUACGCGGUCAGCAGUUGAGGGUCCACUGGGCCACCAAAGUGCAGGGCCUUGACGCGCUCAUCGAGAAGUAUCGCAACUUCUCGAUCAUGCAUUCGUCGGUCCCAUGGGAUGCAAAGCCCCUUCUGCUGACAGAUGGUCUGCACACGCCCUUUCCACCCCCAACGCGGAAGCUUACCAAGCCACGGCUGCGACCACCGGGCAAGUAG